GCCUCAAGAAGUAUCAGUCGCCUUCACUGUUCACUCUUGAAAUGACUACCAAGGUUGUAGUUCUAACAGUCCUUGUGGCUGCCGUCCUCGCCCGCCCUGAGCCACCUCCCACUUAUGGACCUCCAGCACCAGCCUACAAACCCCCACAACCAGCUUAUGGUGCUCCUGCUUACCCUGACAUUCCUCCCCAGUAUAACGCCGAGUUUGCUGUGAAGGACGACUACUCCGGCAACGACUUUGGUCACCAAGAAUCUCGUGACAACUACGACACCAAGGGUACUUAUUACGUCCAGCUUCCCGACGGUCGUCUGCAGAAGGUGACUUACACUGUGAGCGGCGACUCCGGAUAUGUACCACAAGUCAGCUACGAGGGUGAGGCCCAGUACCCAGCCUACCAGCCUGCUCCGGCCUAUAAGCCCACUCCAGCCUAUAAGCCCGCCCCAGCCUAUCCAUAAAUCUGUAUUUGACUAUUAUAUUUAUGUAAGUCCUAUUGUUUUUAUUACUAAGACGAACUGA